CUGAAGGUGUUGGCUCUCCACCUUAAAGGCGUCACGGUUUAAUGCCCUGGUGGGAGUUGCUGAUCGGGAAAUCAAGGACCACAAGAGGCGGGCGUCGCUAUGGCAACCAGUGGAAGCCCCGGAAUUGGAAGUGUCGGCUGCUGGGUCAUACUCCUCCUUGUAGGUGGUGCCAUGGUCUCCAGCUGCUGGGGAAUGACAGAAGGGAAUGAACUCAACAAAAUUGUGAGAUUUAAAACAGGAUGGAAGGAAUCUUCAAGGAACAGGACACAAGACAAUUUCACUUGCAAAGCAAAUCAUCCAUGUAGAAUGAUUAAUCUAACUAGUAACUGUGAUUUAUGGUCAUGUGUGACCUGUGUUGCCAAUCACCGUGUACCAAUAUUUACUAAAGGAUGCAAUGUCACUCUUAGUGCUGAAGUAAAUAUAUGUGUAUUUAAUAUGACAAGUAGAAUAUGUACUACCAUUAAUGGAACUACCUGGACAGUCAAACUGCAGAGUCAAAUAUUUAUCAGUAAUGGUACCACAAUUGAGGGAAGAAGAACUCGCUUCCUAUAUGGAUUAAGGGUACUACCAAAAGAAGCUAAGGCAACACAAACCCAGGUUGCCCCUUUAAUUGAUACUUGUACUCAUUUGGCACAGGCCACAGUAAAAACAAAGGUAUAUUGGCAAAUUACCUUUCCAAAUAUUCUGACUUGCAGAAGACGCCGAAGAGCGUGGUAUGACACUUUAUUAGGAGGAACAGGAACUGUCCUAGGAGUAUCAAAUACUGUGGACAAUGAAGUAACUAGAACCAUGCUGUCAAACACAGGUCAGUAUUCAUCUCAAGUAUUACAUCAGAUAGGAGAGUGGUUACCAACAGCAUUGGUAGGACAAUUGCAAAAUGCAGAUUUGUGGCAGAAGAGCUUUCAAUGGCAAAUGAAACUAUGGAAUGAAACCUAUGAUUCACUGAAAAACUUAUCACAUAUAAGUAAUUGGACAGCAUGUGCAAUGCAAACAAUCCAUGCAGAAGCUCUAAAAGAACGAUUCCAGCGUAUAGUUACUGCAGGGAACUACUAUGAUUGGAGACGGAUUUGGAAUAUAACUGAUACCUUAUGGUUAAAGUUACAUCCAGAAUUUACACAGUGUAAUGAAACAGUAUGUACUGGACACUGGACCCAGUACAAUGUGACACAACCAAAGGUUGUUUGUAAAUAUCAAGUAUUACCGGUAAUUACGACUAAUGGCUAUUGGUUCUUGCAUAUGGAUGGAGAGUGGUUAGAACCAAAAACCAAUACGACUUUUGAUACUAAAAUGUGUGACAUCACUGAUAAAGGAAUGACCUGUGUGCUGCAAACUGGAUAUGCUAAUCCAUGUCUAACCGACUCAGAGGUUGUACUUUGUGAUUGGACAAGAGAAACACCAAGAGAAAUGUGGCAGAUUGGCCCACAUACUCUGUGUGUUGCAACAAUGACAGAAAAUUCACAGGUGCCUUCGGUUCCGUACACUGGCUGUUUAAAUAAUGUACACUUAUGGCAUUGGGGAAACCGGACUUAUCGUUUGACUAAUUAUUCUGUAUCGUUUGACUAAUUCGGCUGACUUCGGUACAAUGGGAUGUAUUGCAUUCCCCAUGGAGUCUUU